AGGCUCCUGUGUCACGCGCAGGCUGUAGCUCCACUCCCCUCGCCGCCGCCGCCACGCAGCUGCCAUGGCCGACACCGCGCCGGCCGACGACCGGCCGGAGCCCUGCCCCGUCGCCGCGGACCCGUCUCCCCCUCCGCCCCCCACGCCGGAGGAGCUGGUGGCCCGCGGCGUCGCGCCCGUCAAGCCCGCCUUCCUCCGCCCGGCCCCCGUCCGGGACGCCCCCGGCGAGGACGGCAGGAGGGCCAGCGGCGCCGCCCCCCUCGAGAAGAAGUCCAAGCGCCAGUUCAGGCGCGACCGCAAGCAGGAACAGGAGUCGGUGUUGCGUCUUUGUGUGGCAGUUGCCAAAAGUGGAAAUGUGGACGCUUGCAAAUUUGGUGCUUCUUGCCGUUUCACCCAUGACAUAGAUGCUUAUUUGGCUCAGAAACCAGCUGACCUUGAAGGAACAUGUCCAUUCACUGUUCUGGGGCAGCCAUGUCCGUAUGGACUAACUUGCCGAUUUUCUGGUACACACAAAGAUAACCAUGCACCUUCUGAAAGUCAUGAGAUAAACACUUUGAGUAAAGAUGUUCAAAAGCUCUUAUGGAAGACCAAAUAUAAAUUUCCCAGGGCCAGUGAGCAGAUCAAACAUCUUGGUCUUAAGGAAGUCAUCAAGAUUAAAGCAAGUGCAUUAGCUGAAGAUCGGAGCGCUGAUCAUGAUAAUCCAGACGUAUCAUGUGAACUGAAUGGUGAUGAAAAAACUGAAUCUUCUUGCAAUACUGCUGUGAAUGUGGAACAUGAUUCCAGUUUGUGCGAAGAAAUGGAUAAAUUGGGGGGAGAACCUUUGGAUGGCGACUCUGUUGCAAGGGCAGCAAAGAAGUCAAAGAUUGAAGUUGUUGAAAUUAACAAAGGAGGAGCUGGUACUCAUGACACUAAGACGGAGCCUGAAGAUCCUAAUUUAGUUAAUGGAUUGGAAGUGCCCUUAAAUAUCCCAAGCUCUUGCAGAGUUGACCUAGUCGAAACACCUCAUUUACGUGAAAGGAAGAUAAUAGAUUUCCGGGAGAAGUUGUACCUUGCUCCCUUGACCACUGUUGGAAAUCUUCCUUUCCGGAGGCUGUGCAAAACAUUGGGAGCUGAUAUUACUUGUGGGGAAAUGGCUAUGUGCACAAAUCUUAUGCAGGGGCAAGCUUCAGAGUGGGCUUUGCUGCGAAGACAUUCAUCAGAGGAUUUGUUUGGGGUGCAAAUCUGUGGAGCUUUUCCAGAUACAGUGGCACGGACAAUUGAACUUGUGGAUAACGAGUGUUCGUUUGACUUCGUUGACAUAAAUAUGGGCUGCCCAAUCGAUUUAGUUGUCAAUAAGGGUGCUGGGUCCUCGUUGCUUAACAAACCUAUGAGGAUUAAGAGUAUUGUUCAAGCAUCAUCUGCCGUUACUAAAAGGCCUUUAACUGUUAAGGUAAGAACAGCUUUCUUCGAAGGCAGGAACCGUGCUGAUUCUUUAGUUUCAGACAUUUAUGACUGGGGUGCUUCAGCCAUAACAAUACAUGGUCGAUCGCGGCAACAACGCUACAGCAAAAAUGCCGAUUGGGACUAUAUUAACCAGUGUGCACAGAAGGCCCCUGACGACUUGCAUGUCAUUGGAAAUGGUGAUAUAUUCUCCUUUACCGACUGGAACAGGCAUGUUUCUGGCAGCUCCAAAAUUUCCACUUGCAUGAUUGCUCGAGGUGCGCUUGUCAAGCCUUGGAUAUUUACCGAGAUAAAGGAACAAAGGGACUGGGAUAUCACAUCAGGCGAGAGAUUGAAUAUUCUGAAAGAAUUUACACGGUUCGGUUUGGAACACUGGGGCUCUGACACCAAAGGUGUGGAGACGACACGCCAUUUCCUACUAGAAUGGCUGGGCUACACGUGCCGGUACAUCCCGGUUGGGCUGCUGGACGUCGUCCCGCAGCAGCUGAAUUGGAGGCCUCCAAGCUACUGCGGCCGCGACGACCUCGAGACCCUGAUGGCCUCCGACUCAGCAGCCGACUGGGUGAGGAUCUCGGAGCUGCUGCUCGGCAAAGUCCCGGAAGGGUUCACCUUCGCGCCCAAGCACAAGUCCAACUCGUACGACCGCGCUGAGAACGGCUAGAAGAAUGUCGCAUGAUGGUUAUUCAGCAGUUUAUAUGAUCGCUCCCAAGCAUCAGAUCGCGUCUCUUCUCAGUUAGUUUGAAAUUCAGCAGGGGCUCCAUGUUGCCUGCCUCAUAAUGAUUAUUCAGUAGUAUUGUGCAACAUCAUGAUGCUGUUGCAUCUUCUUUCUUUCUGAAUGGUGGUUGCUUUUUUAUUUGAAGAAUGCAGGAUCCUGCUAAUUGCAAGCCAUAACAGUUCUCUAUACAACCAAACAUAUUAAUUUAUGUUAUUGGUGCCUCA